AUUGGAAUCUCUGAUCUUCCUUGAUUUUGAUAGCCCCUCUCUAUCUCUACUCUCUCUAUCUACCCUUUUCUCUUCGUGCCCUACCUACUCCUUACAAAUCAUAGUGUCCUAUCUCGUGCUCUGUGAACUUGUCGCAGGUGUCUGUCAUCUCUCUGGCCCUAAUAAGAGAGAUGGCGACGCAGAUAGCAGGUCCUUCCACUUCACCCACUCCCCAAAUUAUAUGUAAUGCCUUUGUGGAGCAGUAUUACCGCUUCCUUCGGAACUCUCCUGAACAAGCUCACAAAUUUUAUCAAGAUUCAAGCGUGCUAAGCCGGCCAGGAGAUGAUGGUGUAAUGACAUCAGUGACAACCAUGCAGGGCAUUAGUGACAAGAUCCUGUCUUUCGAAUUAAAGGACUAUCAAGUGCAGAUAUUAACUGCAGAUGCACAAGAUUCUUUGGAGGAAGGGGUGGUUGUUCUAGUAACUGGUUGUUUAUUUGGGAAGGACAACAUUAAAAGGAACUUUACUCAAACAUUCUUACUGGCCAAACAAGAAAAAGGUUACUAUGUCUUGAAUGAUUUAUUUAGGUUUGUGGACAGUGCUGCUUUGGCAGUCAGUGAUGAUAGUGAAAAUGUUCCUGCUGCUUCUGGGACCCCAGAUACAGAACCUGUUCAUGCUCUUGAUCAUUCUACGCAAAAUCACACAUCUACUUCGGCCGAGGAGGUUAGCAAUAAUGACACUGAUCUAUUAGAUACCAAGGGUUCUGUUCCAGUAAUUGAGAAGAAGUUGCCAGCUGUUGAGGAAGUUGUUGUUGCUGAAGUCCCAGUUGGGGCAAGCCAGAAUGACGCAGACACUAUUGCUGAGUUGGCGUCCAAUCUCAAAGAGGGUGCCCAAAAGAUGUCUUACGCAUCAAUAGUAGCAAAGGAGAGCCCAGUGACUUCUCCAGUCCGUGUUACUACUAGAACAGCUGCAAGGGUUGCACCCUUAAGUACUGAACCAAAUUCGCAUACCUCUGUUGUAUCAAAAUUAACAACUCCUCGUAGCAACAGUGCUCCACGAAGCAACAGUGCUCCACGAAGCAACAGUGCUCCACGAAGUAAUAACUAUCGCGCGGAAGUCAAGGGCAUAUAUGUUGGUAAUUUGCCUGGGGAUGUGACAGCUAAACAACUCGAAGAGGUGUUUAACAAAUUUGGACCUAUUAUACUUGAAGGCAUUCAAAUAAAAAAGUAUCAGGAGGACGGAUUCUGUUAUGGCUUUGUAGAAUUUGAAUCCUCGAAUUCAGCACAUAGUGCGAUUGAGGCUCAUAAAAUUGUUAUUGGGGAAAAGGAAGCUUAUAUCGAGGCAAAGAAAGCUGUUAGUCGAGCUGGCAAUGGUAGAGGAAGAAAUCCAUCCGGAAGAGGUGGGUUUGCUAAUGACAAUUCUAGGGCCAGGGAGAACUUUGGUGGGGGCCGUGGCAACGGAAGAUUCGAGUAUGGGAAACGUCGUGAGUUUUCCGGUCAAUCUGGGGGCCCUGGUGGACGCAAUGGAGAGGCUUACCAAGCCGGGGGCCCUGGUGGACGCAACGGAGAGGCUUACCAGAGGGGGGGUUUUCAGAAUGGGGGUGGAAGAUAUGGCCGUCAAGCUGGGAUGAAGUAGACUACUGUUACUUGCCUGCUUGAAAUUUGCUGGCACAUUUUUGAUUAUUCAUGAUGAUACAUAGUUUUUCCAGAGUCCGGCAGCGGCAUUUGAGGUUUCAGCAAUAUAGAAAUAGGAUCUUAAUAUAUUUUUAUAGGAUCUAUGUGAAAGGAGUUGUUGGACGAGAAGGGAACAGAAAUACCAGAUGUGUAACUUUAAGAUUUUUUUACCCCUACAGUAUUCUGCUCUGUUGGGGCCUUCUCCAUGGUGAUGAAACUUUUAAUCUUUUGUUA